GUCCCGGUCUACGAAUUCAUAUGUCGCAAUGUGGCCGUCAUGCGUCGUCGAUCAGACGCAUGGAUGAACGCGACGCAGAUCCUAAAGGUCGCAAACUUCGACAAGCCCCAGCGUACCCGCAUCCUCGAACGCGAAGUCCAGAAAGGCGUGCACGAGAAAAUCCAGGGCGGUUACGGAAAAUAUCAGGGAACAUGGGUCCCGCUAGAUCGAGGCCGCGAGAUCGCGCUGCAGUACCACGUCGAAGACGUUCUCCGCCCUGUAUUCGAAUUCCGUCCGUCGUCAACCAGUCCGCCCCCGGCACCGAAACACAUCACCGCGUCCUCGAUCCGGGGACGGAUUGCUCGCGGCGGCGCUGCCGCUGUGCCGCGCGCCUCGGCGGGCGACAGCGCGUCCGAAGACUCUGACGCUAACAGCGGCGACUUCCACCACCACCACCACAACCACCACCCUCGCCAGAACAGCCACCACGCGCAGCAGCAGCAGCAGCAGCAGCAGCGGAGGCGGAAGCGCAAGAUUGAGGAAGCGCUGGGCACGGCGCAUUCGCAUGCGCGCAUCGGCGAGGCGCAGAUCGAGUACUCGAACCGGCUGCUGGAUUACUUUGUCUCGCCCGAGAGCGACAGCAUACCCGAUUUUCUCGUGCACUCGCCCGCGGACUUUGACGUCAACGCCGCGAUCGACGACGAAGGACAUACUGCCUUCCACUGGGCGUGCGCGAUUGGGCAUUUCCGGAUGAUUGACGUGCUGCUGCGGGCGGGCGCCAAUAUCACGAUCGUGAACAAUCUCGGGCAGACGGCGCUGAUUAGGUCGAUUAUGUUUACAAACAACUACGAGCGGCGGACGUUUCCGCGGAUCGUGGAUCUGCUGCAGACCACGAUCUUCCACAUCGACCGAUUCGGACAGACGGUGCUGCAUCAUAUCGCGGCCAUCACGACGUCCAAGACAAAGCAGUCGGCCGCGCGGUACUAUAUGGAGACGGUACUGGGCAAAGUGACAGAGACACAGAGUCCCGAGACAUUAAUGCAGUUCCUGAACCAGCAAGACAGCAACGGCGACACGGCGCUGCACAUCGCGGCGCGGAACGGGUCGCGCAAGUGCAUCAAGGUGUUUUUGAGCUACGCGGCGAACCCGCAGAUCCCAAACAAGCAGGGCCAGACGGCGCAGAACAUGCUGUUUGGCAGCGGCGGAGCGCACCAGAACGGAAGCAUAAAGUCGUCGUCGUCGCCCCAUCAUCACCACCAUCACCAGUCGACACAGAACCACGCGCUUGCGAACGGGAACGGAGCCGCGCACUCGCGAGCGGCGAUCGUGCCUGCGAUGGCUGAUCACCUCGAAGCGCUAGCGACAGCAUACGACGCCGAGUUGCGGGACAAAGAAGCGGAUCUUGCGCAGGCGACGCAGUUGCUCGACAACAUGAGGCGGGAUAUCCGCGCGUACGAGAGCGCGGUGAAGGAGUUGGCUGCGGAGUAUGGGGACGAGGAAGGAGAUGAGGGGAAGGAGAAGUUGGUGAAGGUUGCGGAGGGGCGGGCGCAGGAGCGGGUUGUUGCGCGGGCGAGGGAGUUGGAGAGGUUGGUUGAGCGGACGCAGAAGCGGGAGCUGAGCGCGCUGGUGAAGGAGGAGGAGGAGAGGGUGCUGAAAAAUGAAUCCGAAGACAGCAGGGAGUCGACUACAGAGAACAAGCCUGAGCAGCUGGCGAAGGAGCUGGUCGAGUUACAGGUCGAGCGCAAGAAGAUGGUGAGCGAGAUCAUUGAGCUGUGGGCGGGCGCCGGGGUGGGCGAGAAGAUGAACGAGUACCGGCGGUUGAUUUCGAUGAGUUGUAAUGUGCGGGUGGAGGAGAUUGACGAGUUGUUGGAUGGGAUCGCGCAGGCUUUGGGGGAGUAA